AUGACAUCGACGGAAGCUGCAUCAUCUGUGCAAAGAGAUGCAUCUCUCGCCGGAUACGAUGAGGAACAGAUCCGUCUGAUGGAAGAGCGCUGCAUUGUGACGGACAUCGAGGAUAGGUUCGUGCGCGACGGAAGCAAAAAAGAGUGCCAUUUGAUGACGAACAUCCGGGAAGGCCUGUUGCAUCGCGCCUUUUCUGUUUUCUUGUUUGAUCCACUGUCGGGAAAGCUUCUGUUGCAAAAGAGAGCUCAAGAGAAGAUCACGUUUCCAAACAUGUGGACCAAUACAUGCUGUUCUCACCCGCUCGCCGUCCGGGCGGAACUGAAUGGUAUUGCUGGUGCUAAGCAGGCAGCUCAGCGCAAGCUUGAGCAUGAGCUGGGCAUCCCCCCGACAUGUGUUCCACUUGAAUCGUUUCAAUUUCUUACGCGUAUCCACUAUCUGGCGCCUAGUGAUGGUUUGUGGGGCGAGCAUGAGAUCGAUUAUAUCCUAUUUAUUACAACGAGCGUGGAUCUGCAUGUGAAUGAAAAUGAAGUGGGUGAUGUGAAAUGGGUUUCGAUAGAAGAGCUCAAGGCUCUGAUGAAUGAGCUGGAUCCGGAUGCGUUUACUCCGUGGUUCAAGUUAAUUGUAAACGCAUUUCUAUUCCCAUGGUGGCAGGAGUUGCUUGAUCGAAGGGACUCGAAUACAGGUCACAUUGAUGCCAAGACACUUUCACACCAUGAAGAUGACACGAUUCACCGUUUGUAG